AACAAGAUCUAGUGAGAGAAGAAACCGAGGGAGGCCACCAUUUUUCACGGCGAUGGUGAAACCAAUCUCUUCAAUUUCAAAUCACUGUUCUCAACCCAUCACCACUAUAAAUUGCCCCAUUUGGAAACAAUGUUUCAAAUUCACUAAACCAUUCUCUCUCUCAUUUCUUCCACAAAAUCCAACAACCCAGAAAAAACUAUCAUCUUCUUCGAUUUGUUUCCCGUCGAUAAAUCCCGUCUUCGCUUUUCAGAGGACCCAGUCUGAAGUCGAAUUUACCGAGACAGAGGAGAAAGAGGAAAAGGUAAAAGUGGUAAUACCAAUGACGAUUACGCCGGCCGUUCGCAUUUCCGAUCGGAAAUUGAUCGUGAAGGACCGGACGAUCCUAACAAAUGUGCCAGAAAAUGUGAUCACCACUUCCGGCACGACAACCGGUCCGGUGAAAGGUGUGUUCGUCGGUGCGAUGUUUGAUGAAGAUAACAGCAGACAUGUGGUGUCCCUCGGUACGUUACGUGACGUACGGUUCAUGGCAUGUUUCAGGUUCAAGCUUUGGUGGAUGGCUCAGAGAAUGGGAGAUCAAGGACGUGACAUACCAUUAGAGACACAGUUCUUACUCGUUGAAACCCAAGAUGGGUCUCACCUAGUGUCCGAUGAUGGAGAUGAAGAGAAUCAGAUCGUUUAUACUGUGUUUCUUCCUCUAAUUGAAGGCCCAUUUCGAGCAUGUCUUCAGGGAAAUUUACAAGACGAGCUCGAGCUUUGUCUUGAGAGUGGUGAUUCGGAGACAAUGGCGUCGGCGUUUACUCAUUCGGUGUAUGUUCAUGCUGGGACAGACCCGUUUGGGACCAUCACGGACGCCAUUAGAUCUGUGAAGUUUCAUCUCAAGACUUUCAGGCAACGCCAUGAAAAGAAGUUGCCCGGAAUUGUAGACUAUUUUGGGUGGUGCACAUGGGAUGCUUUUUAUCAGGAAGUGACUCAGGAGGGUGUUGAGGCCGGUCUCCAGAGUCUCGCCGCCGGUGAGACACCGCCUAAGUUCGUGAUCAUUGAUGAUGGGUGGCAGUCUGUCGGGGGUGACCCAACUCAGCAACCACCACCCCCACAAGAACCACCACAACAGCCACCGUUGAUGAGAUUGACAGGGAUUAAAGAAAAUUCCAAGUUUCAGAACAAGGAGGACCCAUCAAUGGGGAUCAAGAACAUAGUCAACAUAGCCAAAGAAAAGCAUGGGUUGAAGUAUGUGUAUGUGUGGCACGCCAUUACUGGCUACUGGGGUGGGGUCAGGCCAGGGGUGAAGGAGAUGGAGGAAUAUGGGUCGUUGAUGAAGUAUCCAACGGUGUCAAAGGGGGUGCUAGAGAAUGAGCCAACAUGGAAGAAUGAUGCAAUUGCAGUGCAGGGUCUGGGGCUGGUGAACCCAAAGAAUGUGUACAAGUUUUACAAUGAGUUGCAUAGUUACUUGGCCUCUGCUGGUAUAGAUGGGGUUAAGGUGGAUGUGCAGUGUGUGUUGGAGACUCUUGGGGGUGGUCUGGGUGGUAGGGUUGAGCUGACCAGACAGUAUCAUCAAGCUCUUGAUGCUUCUGUUUCUAGGAAUUUUCCAGAUAACGGGUGCAUUGCUUGCAUGAGCCACAAUACUGAUGCACUUUACUGCUCCAAACAAACGGCUAUCGUGAGAGCAUCGGAUGAUUUCUAUCCGCGUGAUCCCGUGUCGCACACCAUCCACAUUGCCGCAGUUGCAUACAAUAGUGUCUUCCUUGGAGAAUUUAUGCAGCCUGAUUGGGAUAUGUUCCACUCCCUCCAUCCAGCGGCUGAGUACCAUGGAUCAGCUAGGGCGAUCAGCGGUGGUCCCCUUUACGUAAGUGAUGCGCCAGGGAAGCACAAUUUUGACCUCCUAAAGAAGCUUGUUCUGCCAGACGGUUCAAUUCUCCGAGCACGCUUGCCCGGUCGGCCUACCAAGGAUUGCCUAUUCUUGGACCCUGCUCGUGAUGGUGUUAGCCUGUUGAAGAUUUGGAACAUGAACAAGUACACUGGAGUGCUUGGAGUGUACAACUGCCAAGGUGCAGCAUGGAACAGCGUUGAGAGAAAGAACACAUUCCACCAAACUAAAUCUGAAGCUAUAUCUGGCUAUGUUAGAGGCCGAGAUGUCCAUCUCAUUGCUGAAGUUGCCAUGGACUCCAACUGGAAUGGUGACUGUGCUGUCUACUGUCACCGGAGUGGUGAGGUUGUCACUCUACCUUACAAUGCUUCCAUGCCCUUGUCCCUCAAUGUCCUUGAGCACGACAUUUUCACCGUUACCCCAAUCAAGGUCUUGACACCUGGGUUCAGCUUUGCACCAUUGGGCCUCAUUGACAUGUUCAAUGCUGGUGGAGCCAUUGAGGCACUUAGAUAUGAAGCUCAUGGUGGUGCCCUGUUGUCAGAACUAGAAAAUAGAUAUAAAGGGGAAGGCAAUGGUGUUGCAAGCAAGAGGGUUGAGAACUUGAGCACAGAAGUAGUAGCAAUAGUUUCAAUGGAGGUUAAAGGGUGUGGCCGUUUAGGUGCUUACUCAUCGGCUAAGCCAAGGAAGUGUAUGGUGGGAUCAGCCGUGGCAGACUUUGCAUAUGAUUCAGAGUCUGGAUUGGUGACUUUGAACUUGGAUCGUAUGCCCGCGGAGGAUCAGAAAGUUCACAUUGUUGAGGUGGAAUUGUAAUUACUUAUUAUUAUUAGGCCAAAGUGAAGAGCAUGGUGGGGGAAUAUGUGAGGGCUUGGGCUUGUAUGGAAGGGAUGAUGUAUUUUCUCUUUGCUCUUUGUUUUACUUUUGGUCUGAUGGCUAUCCAUUGUAGUCGAUGGAGAAGUUGUUAGAAAUUCAGAAAUAAAUUUCUUUCUUUUUCUGUUAAGAAAAGUAGAACCAGGAACCAGCUCAGUUCUU